GAAGAAGAAGGAGGAGGAGGAGGAACACGGUGUUUUGUUUUCGUUGCAGCGGCUCAAUGGUGAGAGCACCUUUAAGUUGUUAACGAGCUUACAACCCCUCCGUCCGGAGCUGACGACGACACUAAACAACCUUUAACAACCCGGGGAUAGUUGUGUCUUUAAUGUUUAGCGAGCCUGGGGAUCGACGCCAACACUGGAGUUUGUAGCUGAACACACAUGACAUGGAGGAGUGAGGAGAAACAAUUCGCCACACGCUCCCUGGGACAACCCACUCAUGUAUGAACAUAAAGACCCACCUCAGAGGCAGCAGUCAGCGGGAGGCGGCGGAGGAACAGGCGGCCAAACCGGGAGCAGAAGCAGGCCUGUGUCUUCCGUACCAAACUCAAUGGGGGCGACGAUGGGACCCGCGCUGAGCUGGCUGCACGAUGUUGGCGUAGGGACUCUCCUCAAGGCCCGGAGGACUCUGUUCCAGGCGGCCAUCAUGUUCUGCGUCCUGGGUCUGCUGCUCUGGGUGUCAAUCUUCCUCUACGGGAGCUUCUACUACUCCUACAUGCCCACCGUGAGCUUCUCCACCCCGGUGCACUUCAGCUACUCCUCGGGCUGUGACGCCUCGAGGCCAGGGCUCUGCUCGUUCCCCAUGGCCAACAUCUCCUUCAUGAAGAACAACAAAGACCAGGUGAUGGCGUUCGGACAGCCUUACAGGGUGUCCUUGGAGCUGGAGAUGCCCGAGUCUCCAGUGAAUGAGCAUCUGGGGAUGUUCAUGGUCAAGAUGUCUGCCUAUGCCAAGAGUGGGCAGACGGUCGCUUCGGUGGGGAGAUCUACGAUGCUGCACUACCGCUCCAGCCUGCUGCAGACCCUGAGUACUCUCCUCUACGCGCCCUUACUCGUGACCGGGAUGGCUGAACAGAAGCAGCUCAUAGAAGUGGAGCUCUACUCUGACUACAAAACCAAUGCCAAUCAACCCACGGUGGGUGCCGUCAUCGAGGUCCACUCCACACAGGUGCAGAUCUACUCCUCUCAGCUCCGGAUCCAUGCCUACUUCACUGGCAUACGUUACCUCCUCUACAACUUCCCCCUGACGUCUGCAGUCGUCGGCGUGGCCUCCAACUUUGCCUUCCUCAGUGUCAUCGUGCUCUUCAGCUAUCUGCAGUUCAUAUGGGGGGGGCUCUGGCCUCCAGACCAAGUGAGAGUCCGGGUGAUGAUUGGAGACAACACCCGCAUCACGCAGCGGAGAGAGGAGGCCCGAAAGCGCAUGGAUCGAGAAAACUCCAACAAAGAACUUAACGCUCCUAAGGUGAUCGGUGCUGUGACUGACCCGACUGAUUUCCAGGGAACUGACACGGUGGCGGAGGAGCCGUCAAAGAAGGCCUCCUUGGUCCCUGAUGCCUGUGAGGCUAAUGCGCCUGAUACCAAGGAAGAAGGGUCUCAUGACUCUGAGGGGCCCGAUGAGAAAGAAGACUUGGACGCCCCGGGUGGAUUCCCGCAGCCUGAGCCACAGAUUGAGACAACACUCCGUCAAAGACCUGGACCCUGGAUGAGCCUGUGAAUCAUGCAUGGCACAGAGCGAGAGAACCUAUAGUAUGUUCUUAUGUCAAAUAAUGUCCCGUCACUCUAUAGAAGAUGGGAAGUUAUCUGGCAGAUGCUACUGAUAGAUCUCCUGUUACAGUUCGCACAAGAACAGAUGCAUGAUAAUAUAUUACCUGUGUCAUUUAAGCUAACAAACUAAAGUUGAUUGCCUUGUCUUAAAAGAAAAGUUUACCUCAUUGUAACUUAGACCUCUGCUAAUGUAUUUCUGCUUAUUGUCUUCUGAGUGGACAGACUGUCCUAAACCGCAUUAUACAACAGUGUUAUGUUUGUGUUUAGGGUGUGUCCGUAGCAUGAGGAGCUACAUUCCAAUGCAGUCUUGUCCAACGGUGUUGUCAGUAUUAAUCCUGUGAUUCAUUUUAAGUCUGUUGAACCUGCUUAUGCUUUAUUUUUUUCGCUUAGCCAAAAAUAUGGGACGCACAGAUUCUUGACGAUCCUCCCUUGACGGGGGAAAGUUUCCCUCUCAGUUUUUGAUUACAAUGUUGCCGCUAUGAACUUUCAGCUACAUUUUUUAACUAGAAAUUUGACCAUCCAGAACUUCACACCCUUUUAGAGGAAACCCACGAACAUGCCUCGUGAUGGUUUCUUUCUCAGAGACUCGUUCAGACCAAUUCGAUUUGGAAAAUUGGCCCCAAAAAGUUCCUUUGUUUUCAAAGAACCUUUUAGGAACCCUUGCAAAUGUCCCAGCCUGAGGGAUACAAGGAAUGUGUCUGUAUGUACUCAUAUUUUUCAUGAUACUAAUAGAGAUGUUCUUCCUCUGUUUUCUCUGCCGUGACAGAUGAAGUUAACGCUUAAUGCUUUUACAGAGUUGCUUUUCAUUCCAACUGAUCUAUGUGUUCUGGGGUCAGGGUCACACAGUGCUACACCGUUACAGUGGAGUCUUUAUUCUGCACUUACAUGUUGUAAGAACAUGGUAUUUAUUGUGUUCUCAUUACGUCAAAGAACCAACUGUUUUAAAUGGGUCUUCUAAGAAAGAGAAGUUUGUUAAUGGGUCUGAUGAUUGAAGAUUGAUGACCGUACAGUGUGAGAAGGUUAAGUGAAGCGACUGUUGUUCGAAGUUGUGUCGAUGUAGAAGUUAGUAUCAAAGAUAUUGAUAUGCAUCACUUGUUCAUCUUGCUUUUCUGUUCUUCAGAAUAUUCUGCUCAAUUCCUCUGAUGUUACAUGAGUCUGUUAUUUAUGCACUGAUACUAAAUUAAACAAGUAAAAAUGCA